GUUGAAAAGAUGAACGACUGUCAUUAUGUAGACUUGAAAUAUAUAUUGAAAUUUAAAUAUAUCGUGGUAUAGGUAGACUAAAUAUCUCUAUUCCACUAUAUAUUUAUAGUGAAGACAAUAUCGAGAACAAAUAUUGCUUUAACUAUGUCAAAUGCGAAACUUAGCAAAGAAGGCAAGCCUACUGAAGAAGUGUAUGUCAUUGCCAAAUAUGAUUAUACAGCUCAAGGUAGUCAGGAGCUUGACAUAAAGAAAGGUGAUCGCCUGCUGCUUUUAGAUGACAGUAAACACUGGUGGAAGGUGUGUAAUUCCCAGAAUCAAUUUGGUUUUGUCCCAUCCAACUAUGUAAAAAGAGAAAAGCCUUCCAUAUUUGACAGUAUAAGAAAAAAAGUUAGAAAAAGAACUGAUUCAAAAGCCUCACCAACAGACUCACCAGUUGCUGUUAAUGAUGACAUGGGUAUUAGUUUUGUUCAUGAUCUACCUUCCAGAACAAAAAUUUCUACUCAUAUAACUGCAGUAGCUAAAUAUAAUUACACAGCCCAACAAUCAGAUGAAAUUUGUCUUGUAAAAGGGUCACGAAUAGUGGUGCUUGAAAAGUCAAGUGAUGGAUGGUGGAAAGGGGAAUUUAAUAAGACAGUUGGGUGGUUUCCUUCCAAUUAUGUUCUUGAAGAAAAUGAAGACCAGAAUGGUGUUAACAAAUCUCCCCCACUUCUUUCAGCAAAUGGUGAUAGUUCAUUAAAAGAAGGGGAGUGUCUAGACAUUGUGACAGCAUUAUUUUCGUAUACUGCCCAAAACAAAGAAGAACUAACUUUUCAGAAAGAUGAACAUCUAGAAAUAAUUGAGAAACCUGUCAAUGAUCCUGGCUGGUGGAAAGCACGGAAUCAAAAUGGUGAGAUUGGAUUAGUGUCUAAAACCUAUGUUCAAGUAAUUUUGCCACCUCCAGUGGGAGAUGGAACUUUAGAUUCUAUAGGCUCUUCUUCAUCUUUGGGAUGGAGGUGUGGAAUCACUGGUGGUGCUGCAGCAGAUGUCACUCAAUUACAAAGUGAAAUGAUGAACAUGGGAGUGAUGGCAUGUGAAGUUUCACCCAUGGUACAAGCCAAAAAUCGAGGGCCAUUACCACCUCUUGUAAUGCAUCAGGAUCUACUUAGUAGACCAUGGUACUUUAGUAAUAUCUCAAGGAACCAAUGUGACCAGAUGCUCAAUAACUCUGCACAGGAUGGAGAUUUUCUUAUUCGUGACAGUGAAACAAAUGUUGGAGAUUUUUCUGUCUCGCUUAAGGCUGCUGUUAGAAACAAACAUUUUCGAGUCCACGUAGAGAAUGGGAUCUAUUGUAUUGGUCAGCGCAGGUUCAAUGACUUAGACGAACUUGUUGAACACUACAAAAGGGUGCCAAUCUACACCAGUCCUCAAGGUAGCCUUUAUUUUCAAGCAUUUCCUUAAAAUGCUGAAAAACUACAUCAAGAAAGAGAAGGGCAAUGUCACUGAACAAUAAAGAAAUUCUUUCCAGACAGGUUUAAGAUAUAUACUUUGACUUUAAAAAAAUUACCCAUUUACAGAAUAGGAGAAUUUGUAUGUAUUUUCUAUUGGAUUCAGAAUGAUGUUCCAUUCAAAUUACAGCAGUGUUUCAAUUGUGUACAAGCAACUGUGUAUGAAUCUGUAUGCAAGUUAUAUACAAAUGUUUGUCCUAUUCUCAGACGGGAUUCUGGUUUGUAUUCCAUAUUAUAUGUAUGAGUAUUUUUCAGGCCUAAUCCUGUGAAAGCGUUCAUGUAUUUGGAAGUGUCUGACUUGUGGUAUCUUUUUUUAAUAAUCUCUUUAAUCAUUUGUAUUAAAGCUACAUUAAUUCUAUUACAUAAUAUGAGUACUGUGUUGUGAAUGAUAUAUAUGUAUUGCAAUAUGAUAUGCAUCUUACAGUUGAAUUUUCACUGUUUUAAAUAUAGAACCUUUGAUGCCAAAAUCUUUAACAAGACUUUUAAAAAUUUACUAACAUAUUGUUACUUCUAUUAAAAUAACUUUGUUAUUACUAUGUUGCAUUGAUAUUAUGAAUCACAGAAAGGGAAGGUUCCUGAAUGCUAAGAAUGCAUAGAGUUUUUCAUUAAAGUUACUCAACACUUUGCUUCAUUUUAGACAUGGUUUGGUUCACAAAGUUCUCCGUAAUCUGUGAUUUUUGAGGAAUGAGGCAAUUCCACACUUAUUGUAACAAAUAACAUAUUAUAAGAAAUGUACAUGUAGGAAUUAUCUACUUUAAUAUCUUAUUUCCCUUUUAAAUGGCAAUAAUUUUUAUGUUAAUUUAAAUUUUCCUUUACCUAUUCAUUUUGACCAGCAUGAGCCACAGUACUAUACAAACUGUGUAUUUAAGUAUAAUUACCACCAGUAGACUUGCUUAAAGUAAAAGCCUCCUUUAGAAGUUCUAUUUAUUUUUGUGUAAGUGAAAAUAAAUAGUAACAAAGUAUGUUAUUUGCCAUAUUCGAUGCUGUUUUUAGUUGUUGUUUUUUUUCAAAGUCAAAUCAUGUGAUUUGAGGAAAGGUAGGUUCAGAGAUAAAAAUUUCUUCUAAGAAUUUUCUGUUAAAUUUUUUUUCACAAAGCAUAUUUUAUUAUAAAGAGAAAUGAGCAUUUAACAAAUUUAUUGAAAAUCAUAAAAUUGGUGAGCACCACCACAAACCCUGCUUCAGUUGCAACCAGAUUUUAUAAAAACUAUGUUAUCACAAUUUUAACAUUGGUUGAAUUUAUGUAGUUUAGCAAUUUUAAUAUACAUAUAGGCCUGAUUGAAUUGUAAAAAAAAAUUUGAAUAAAAGCAAAUAAUUAGAAAAAUUACAAACUGAAAAUAGGUUCAAAAAUUGUUUUGACAAAGAAGUGUGGAUUCUGUAUCCACUUUAUACAUCUUUAUCAAAAGCAUUUGUGUUUAAAGAGUGUACAUGUUGGAAUGGCAAGGUAUUUAAGUUACAACCGUUUGAUUGGCAGUAAAGAUUCACAUCUCGUGACGUGAAUCUGUAAUGACCACAAAUAGUAGGAAAUCCAUUAAUUUUGAAGUUAUGUAAAAAGUCAGUCUACACAUACGUGAAUAGUGAUAGAUGUUACACUCAAUUUUAUUUUAAACUUGUCAUAUACACCAGUGGACACCGACUAGUUGAAGAUACAUUUGUAAGCAAGCUAGUUGAACAAUGUAUACAUUCAUUGCUCACGUAAUUUGGAAGUUUUUGAUUUACAGAAUUUGACUGCUUCACAAGAAACUAAAAUAUUGCAAAGAGAUUUCCUGCUAGUAGUGUUUGCUAUCCUUGAGAAAAAUAUUUUUUCUUUCAGUCCUGUAAUAUCACUGAAAUGAUCUUUACUAAUACUCUCAAACAAGUGAAACAAAAAUGUUUUUCAAAGAGUAAAGUAUUUUAAAGAGUAUUUUAAAUAUUGAUGUGCAACUAUUUUUCCAUACUAGAAGUUACUGAUUAAAUUGUCUAUUAUUAAUAGAAUCCAAUCAUUCAUGAGUUAUAGAGCAUGAGCACUAUACUGGCGGUGCUGUUUUUCCUCCUUUUUCUUAUUAAAGCAUGAAUAAAUGUAAGAAAUGUGUUUAAAAUUGAAUAUCUUAUUGAUAUUUCUAUUUCUCCAAUAUCUUGUUUGUUCCUUAAUUAUUAUGUUUAAGUUUUUUAAUACAUAUUUACUUUUAUACUGUGAAGUUGAUAAUUUCAGCAAUAUUUAAUAGUGGUGAAUACUCAGACAUACAAUAAUAAUCACUAUGAAUAGAUUUUCUGUAUAUUAGGUAUACACACGGAAACUUAAAAUUGUUUCACUUUGCACAUUAUAUGAAUCUCUCUUUGGUUGUGAUAUUACAUAAUGGAAUGACCUAGAUCUGUUUGAGUUUUGUUUGAUACAUUAUCCUUUAAGCAUGUACAUAUAUAUCUGUUACUAAGUGUAAGCAAGUUGUUUUGAUGCUUGGUGUAAAAUUAAACUGCUACAAAUAUAUCAUAUUUAUUAUUUGCACAUUUUUGUGUUGUAUUUUUAUAUCCUUGGAAUUGUGUAAUUAAGUAUUCUCUUGGCUUUAAUGCAUACAGGGUGGUCUUAAUUCUUGUUGUUAAUGAAAAUUUACAUCUAGUUAAAUAAAGAGAUAAGUGAAACAUAUGUAGCUAGUGCAUUUAUACAGUGCUGUUAUUACAGCACAUCUUUAUUGAAAACUAUUAUAAAGUAAAACCCAGCAAAAAAGGUUAGUCAGCUCAUUUCUAUUUGGCACUUGAAAAUUGAGGACAUUAAAAAACUACUUGAGGCUUGCUUAGGGACUACCUUCAUUUGCAUUCUGAUGUGACUAUUAAGAGUAAAGUAACAAUUAGGCAGUCACUUGAAAAUCCUCUUUCAUGCCAGUGAAACUUUCUCAUUAAAAUUAAGAAAAUUAACAGAUAUAAGAUAAUUAUGUAUAGAAAUAUCAAAAAUUAA